AUGGCAACAGCGCCUGCCCGACAAUGGGGUGUUACGCCCCCGAUAGCAUCUACCUUGCCGACCAAAGAUGAGCUUGCUGCAGACGACGAUCUCAUCGCCGAGCUGAAGGCUCAGAACAACUUUGAGCUACCGGCUGAAACGGAACGGAGAAAACAAGUGCUGCAGUUACUCCAGCGCGUUACAGUGGAGUUUGUUCAAGUUGUCAGUCGCAACAAGGGUUUAUCUCCUGCGGCUGUUGAAGCCUCCGGUGGUAAAAUCUUCACUUAUGGAAGCUACAGGCUGGGUGUUUAUGGACCGGGCUCCGAUAUCGAUACGCUAGUCGUUGGACCUAAACACGUCCUGAUCGAGGACUUCUUCGCCGAAUUCCCUCCUAUCCUCGAAAGAAUGGCCCCCGAGGGAGCUAUCGAGAAGAUGACCCCUGUUCCCGAUGCGUUCGUUCCAAUCAUCAAGCUUGAGCUAUGUGGAAUCAGUAUUGAUUUGAUCUUUGCCCGGCUUGUGCUUCCCUCCAUCCCGAUGAAUCUCGAUCUGAAGAACAACGACUACCUCAGAGGACUUGAUGAACGCGAGGUGCGAUCGCUAAAUGGAACCCGUGUCACAGAUGAGAUACUAGAGCUCGUCCCGCAACAAAAGACAUUCCGCCUUGCAUUGCGCGCAAUCAAACUGUGGGCCCAACGGCGAGCGAUUUAUUCCAACAUCGUCGGGUUCCCGGGCGGUGUUGCAUGGGCGAUGCUGGUGGCUCGAGUUUGUCAACUAUACCCGCAAGCGACUGGCUCUGUCAUUGUGGGGAAGUUUUUCAAGAUCAUGGAACGGUGGAAGUGGCCUCAACCUGUACUGUUGAAACAGAUUGAGGACGGUCCCCUCCAGAUCAAAGUUUGGAAUCCAUCGAUUUACCAUGGUGAUCGCUUCCAUCUGAUGCCCAUCAUCACUCCUGCAUAUCCUUCCAUGUGCGCGACCCACAACAUCAGUCUGUCCACCAAGGCUGUUAUCCUUAGGGAGUUGCACCGAGGUGGUGAUAUGGUAGACAGGAUCUUGACGAAGCAGCUAUCAUGGGAAGAUCUCUUCGCACGCCACACUUUCUUUACCCAUGACUACAAAUACUAUCUCAGCAUCACGGCGUCUAGUAGGACUAAGGAAGCCGAGUCUGUGUGGUCAGGUCUCGUUGAGUCUAAACUACGCCACCUCGUUGGCGCACUAGACCGCAAGCCCAUCAUUGCAGUGGCUCAUCCAUUCCCGAAAGGGUUUGAAAGAGUUCAUCUCGUCGCCAACGAGCAAGAAAUGGAUGCGGUCAAGAAUGGGUCUACCCAGCACCAGGCCAAAGGCACAAAAACCGAGAUGACGGACGAGACUAAAGAUGCUGCUCACCAAGCCGCAGUGCAGAACACGCUGGAGAAUGCAGAGGUUCCAGGGCCGGCCGAAAUUAAAGUCGAGGAAAAGAACGGGAAUGAUGGCCAGACUGUCUACACGACGACUUAUUACAUCGGCCUGGAGUUGAAACCUCUAGAGCCAGGCCAAUCGCGAUCUCUGGAUAUAUCGACCGACUCACAGAUCUUCAAAGCAGCUUGCACCUCGUGGCCAGGUUACCAGGAGGCAGUCAUGGAACUGGCUGUUACCCAUGUCCGCAAUUUCGAUUUGCCCGAAGACGUCUUCCAGCCCGGUGAGACCCGACCCUCCCGGCCGAAGAAAAAGGUCGUCAAGCGGGCGGAAACAGCCGGUCAGAAAAGCGCGGAGGUAGCCGGCCAGAAACGCAGUAUCGGCGAGUUGGACGAUUCAACCGAAGCAGCCGCGAAACGUCGAGUCACCUCCGCAACCCCCGCAUGA